UCCAACUUCCAUUCCCAACUGCCACCAAUUCCAGCCAUUCGUACAUUCUUUCCAAACUCCAACUCCAGAAAAUUAAAAUUCUUUUUCAAUCAGAUCAACAUUAUCCAAUCAUAUAUAUCCAAUCAUAUAUAUAUAUAUAUAUAUACAUAUAUAAUGUAAAAAUUAGAAUCUUAUUGUAGUGACGUAUCACAUAGAUUCUAGUUUCUUGCAGAAAUGACUUCCACUGCUACGGCAACCACCAUUAACGGCAGCAGCAGCAGCUGCAGCAACAUAAUCAGCAGUAGCCCCCAUCAUCAUAGAUAUUCAUCGAUGGGAUUGAGGCCAACAACGUUGUCACUACCCAAUACUCCCAACUGGGCACCUUCCUUUAUCUCCCAUAGCCAUAGAUCCCAUGCUAUCAUAGUUCCCAGAGCUACCACUUCUUCUCCGGAAAGUUCUGGUAAUAAACCACCCAACAAGAGGAGAAACAAGAACAAAAACGACAAGAAGAAACCUCAAACUCCAGACCAAACCCAACAGAACGUUCCUUCUAGAACUACCACUAGUGUUGUUGCACAAGAAGAGCAGCAAAAGCAGCAGCUGCGUCUGGAUCUUGAGGACGUGAAUCCGGUUGGACUCGGCCGCCGGUCACGUCAGCUGUUCGAUGAGGUUUGGCGUAAGUUCUCUGGACUCGGCCAGAUUUCCAGCACCAGCAGAGCCGACCAGAGGGAUGCACUCGACGCCCUUCUCAUUAGGGAAGGACCCAUGUGUGAGUUUGCCAUCCCUGGUGCCCAGAACACCACAGUUCUCGUCGUUGGACCCACUUCUCGCAUUGGACGCCUUGUCGUUCGCAAGCUCAUGCUCAGAGGCUACUCCGUCAAGGCCCUGGUGAGAAAGGCAGAUGAACAAGUGGUGGACAUGCUUCCGAGGUCGGUUGAGAUUGUAGUUGGGGACGUAGGAGAUCCCGCCACACUCAUGGUUGCUGUCGAAGGUUGCAACAAGGUCAUCUACUGUGCUACUGCUCGCUCUGCCAUCACUGGAGACCUCUUUAGGGUCGAUCAACGUGGAGUUUACAACCUUAGUAAAGCGUUUCAGGACUAUAACAAUAAGCUUGCUCAGCUAAGAGCUGGCAAAAGCAGCAAAAGCAAGCUCUGCCUUGCCAAGUUUAAGACCGAAGAUUCAUUGGUUGGGUGGGAAGCUCGUCAGGGGACCUAUUUCCAGGAUGUUGUUGCUUCUAAGUACGAUGGGGGAAUGGAUGCUAAAUUUGAGUUUACGGAGACUGGAGAGGCUGUCUUUUCAGGUUAUGUUUUCUCUCGAGGAGGCUAUGUCGAGCUGACGAAAAGGCUUUCACUUCCUCUGGGUCGGACUCUUGACAGGUAUGAAGGUCUGGUUCUCUCUGUUGGUGGAAAUGGAAAAUCUUAUGUUUUAAUUCUUGAGGCUGGUCCCUUAGCAGAUACAUCUCAAAGUAAAUUGUAUUUUGCACGAUUUAGCACAAAAGUAGGAUUCUGUAGGGUGAGAGUACCCUUUUCGUCCUUUCGCCCUGUGAAACCGGAUGAUCCACCACUAGAUCCAUUUCUUAUACAUACAUUAACCAUACGUUUUGAACCCAGAAAACAGAAACCUGCUGAAGGGCCUGCUGCAGGAGUGAAGCAAGAUCCAAGAAGCUUUAAGCUUAUAUUGGAAUACAUAAAAGCUUUGCCUACUGGGCAAGAAACGGACUUUAUCCUAGUUUCAUGUACUGGAUCAGGAUUGGACCCUACCAGAAGGGAGCAGGUUCUUAAAGCCAAGAGGGCUGGAGAAGAUUCAUUGAGAAAAUCAGGACUUGGAUAUACAAUCAUUCGUCCUGGACCCCUUAAGUCGCAAACCAGUCCGGCGACACUCCAGGCACUCCGGCGAAGUCGUUUGGCACCUGCUCCAGACCGGAAAUCCCUUCAGUCGCUCCACUCCGGCGCUCAACCUCCAGUCGCUCCACUCCGGCGUCAUCUCCAGCGUCUCAGCCAGUCCAGUCCGGCGGCGCUACACUUGGUCCCCGUAGCCCUCAGAAGCUCUCCUCAGCUCUCGGCUCUCUCCCUCACAGCCACCAAUCUCACUGAGAUGUCGAACAGUGAUGAAGUUACCUCUCAGACUAUUGGGCCAAACUCAACCCGGCCCAAUGAAGCCCAUAAACUUGAUGGCAAAAAUUAUUUACGAUGAGCCCAAUCUGUCAAACUUGUCAUUUGUGGUCGUGGUAAACUAGGAUACAUUACUGGUGAUCUCCCUACACCUCUUUCCAAUGAUCCUACAUACAAGGUAUGGCAAGCUGAAAAAUUCUAUUGUACUUGCAUGGUUAAUUAAUUCAAUGGACUCAAAAAUCAGCUGCAUAUAUCUAUUCUUUAAGACUGCCAAGGAGGUGUGGGACGCUGCCCGAAAAAUGUAUUCUGACCUUGGUAACGCCUCUCAGAUUUUCAAAAUCCGUACCAAGCUUAAAGAAAUCAAGCAAGGUAAUCAAACUGUUACCCAAUAUUUUUCCGACUUACAAGACUUGUGGCAGGAGCUCGAUUUGUAUCUGGCUACCACACCACUAUGUGCUAAUUGUACUACAAUCCAGCGGUAGCAGUUACAGAAAGAGCAAGUUUUUGAAUUUCUUACGGGGUUAAACAGUAAUCUUGAUGAAGUUAGAGGUUGUCUGGUGGGCCGUGCCCCAUUUCCUGACACCAAAGAAGCCUUCUCUGAGGUUAGACGUAAAGAAGCACGUCGUCGUGUCAUGCUCACUACUCCUGACCUGCAGCCCAUUGAAAGCUCAGCUCUCGUAUCAAAAUCUAGCCCCCCACCACAUGGCAGAUCCACUCCUGACCCUCGACCUAAUUGUAAGGGUGAUCGGCCUUGGUGUGAUCACUCCCAACGUCACGGUCAUACUCGAUCUACUUGUUGGGUAAUCCAUGGUAAACCACUCAAUUGGACCCCUCACCGCCAAAAUGAAAGAAAGGCCUAUCAAAAUCAAACUGAGAGUACCAAUGAUCAGAAUAGUGCUGGUACCCUUUCAUUCAAUAAGGAACAACUUGCCCACCUAUACACUCUUUUGAGUCAAUCAUCCAUGAACCCCAGUUCCAGUCCUGAGACUUAUAGUUCCUCUGUUGCACAUUCUAGUAAUUUUUCUUCCACCUCCAACACACCAUGGAUCAUCGAUUCAGGCGCCACUGAUCACAUGACAGGUUUACCACAUUUGUUUGAUACUUAUUCUCCAUGUUCCACUAAAUCUAGUGUGACAAUUGCAAACGACAUCCAUUCUCCUAUUGUUGGAAUAGACACCAUUAAAUUAUCUGCUGACCUCAUUUUUAAAUCAGUACUUUAUGUUCCUUCUUUGCAAUGCAAUUUAA